UCCAGCACCCCCGCGACACUCGUGAGGAUAAGCGGUAGCCCCGAUACUAAUGUUAAUAAUUUUCAUACCAAUAUCUGUCAUCCCUGAUUGAAACACUUUUGUAAACUAAAUGUUUUCAAACACUUUUAACUUGAAGGAAGACACUUUGGACUUUCGUAGCGUUAUUUGUGUUUUGUCAAUAAAGUUGAAGACCUUUGAAGACAAUGUGAUAAUCUUGGAUUACAAGCGUGCAGAUUACUUGCACGCUCUUAAUCUGCUCAACAUGUGCGACCGGAGGAAGUCACUGGUGGUCUCAGCGGUGCUGCUGUGUGCGUUCUUCACCUCUGCGUGGGCCUUUGUUGAGGAGCUUGGUGACUCUUUCGUGGAUAUGCGUGAAGACAACGACGUUUGGCUCAUUAAAUUUUACGCCCCCUGGUGUUCCUUCUGCAAACAGCUGGAUCCCGUGUGGCAUCAGGUUGGUUCCGAGUUGAAGAGCGUCGGAUCUCUGGUCAACGUUGGCAAAUGUGAUGCGACUGCUAACAGCGCUUUAGCCAAAGAGUUCAAAGUGCGAGGUUAUCCAGCCAUCUUCAUGUGGAAGAAAAAUGUCAAAUAUACUUAUUUAGGACCCAGAACCAAAGAUGGAAUCAUGGACUUUGCUGAACGUGUUAGUGGUCCGCUGAUUCGACCUUUGACCAGUGUGCAGCUCUUCCAACAUGCUUUGAGCCGUCAUGAUGUCGUGUUUGUUUAUAUUGGGGCAUCUUCGCCACUCAAGGGUGUGUACUCGGCUGCUGCUCAAGAUCUCAUUACUUCUACAUUCUUCUUCUCUGCCAGCAGAGACAUCGUGCCCAAGAGCGUGUCGCUGCCUUCCCUUCCUGCUGUGGUCGUAUUUAAAGAUGGAACCUACUUCACCUUCAAUGAGGUCAGUGACGGUGAGCUGAAGGCGUGGAUCAACAAAGAGCGCUUCCCGAACUACAUGCAAGUGGACAGCUACACGCUGUACGCCAUGGGAGAGUCAGAUAAACUGGUCCUGUUGGCCCUGCUGGAGGAGGCCAAUGUGGGCCAACAAAGUCUCAGGUACAAAAGUCUUGUACAGAAAGUGGCAGAGGAAUACAAAGAAAUCUACAGCAGAAAUGUUCACUUUGGCUUCAUGGAGGGGAAUGAAUACAUCAAUGGACUCAUCAUGGGCGAGCUGCAUCUUCCCACUAUCGUCAUGUUGAACCUAUCCACUGACAGCUACUUCCUGCCGCUGACGUCAGUAGACACAGAACGCCACCUAGUGGACUUUGUGGACCAGGUUCUGGAUGGCAGCAUUCAGAGUCAGGGAGGAAACGGAGUCACUCAGCGAGUCAGACGCUUCAUUUACGAAACCAAAGUCACACUCAUGCCACUCCUCAUUGAGGCUCCGCUGCUCGGCUGCUUCCUGCUCGGCUUCCCGCUCGGGCUGAUUGGAUUCUUGUGCAUGCUCUGCUGGAAGAUUCGGUCCAGUCGAGGAGAUGAUGAUGACGAUGAUGACAGCCAGGAGCUUGUGGCGCAGUCACGUAGAAAAAUAUCCAACAAGAAAUCUGACUGACUGAUCUGCAUCAGCAGAACCUCAGAAGAACUUGAGAAUUGACUCCAGGUGUCUUGCCAUCUCAUUUUAUGUGGCUCAUGAAAGCCUGGAAAUAAUGUGUUUUUCCGUCUAAAUGAGUCCUUUAAAUUCUCUAAGUUCUUUCAUUUUAACUGAAAAUAUAUUAUACUGCAUGCAGUUCUUCUAAACCUUAAUAUUACCUGAUAAUUCAACAAGAUAGUCCUAGCAUUUUUUGUUAUUAAAAAUAAGUACUUCAUCAUCAGCUUCUCAUCUUGACUUCCCUUUUCAAAGCAAGUUAUCCAUCUUUUUUCUAAGGAAAACUAUAAUUGUGUAAAAAUAUGAUGUGGCAAUUAUACAUUAAUAUUAUUAUCUUUUUAUUUUUUAUGGUUAAUUGUUUCCAAACCUGACUGCGAAGUGAAUUGUGCAGGAUUCAAUAUACAAAAUAUUUCCGUAGUUCUGUAGUAGUAUUUGUUUACACCCCUCUAGAUAUGAUUUUUACCAUUAUGAAAGGCCUCUAGACAUGAAAUAACACCACUAUAGUUACAUGUGCACUCAUAUUAGCCAAUAUAGUACUUAUAUCAAAAUUUAAAAGCCAUUUAAGAGAUAAGACUUGCGCUUGGGUGUGUUUCAAUCAAUGUCUUCCAGACAUGUGGACAGGAUUCAGUGUUAAGCUUUAGUUGGAGUACAACCACAACAGUGCCCUGUGUUGUUAUUAUGAUGAUGAUGACUAUUAUGUUAAUAUUGUGCCUGUUGUGAGGUAAAUAAUUCAAAAAUAAUAAAAGCCUAUCUG